AUGGUUCACAUCUGGAAAUCAAUCCUCCUUGGGGCAUCCGCCAUGGGACUUACCCUCAACCCGGCUGCUGCAGAGCCCUUGGGAGGAGACCUUGUUAACUUUCAGGACCUAGCUCUCCCAUUAGGGAAUGCUUUAGGCCUUACCGACUACGCCGGUCUCAUCUGGGGAGGUAUCAAAGCUUUCAAGCCAUCCAGAUUCUCCUUCGGAACUCUUCUCGGUACCAACAAGGCAUUUGCCAUAUUGAGUGGCGUGAACCCCUCCAAUGGUGGCUUAACUGGAACAAUCACAUCAACCAAUGGCCCAAUAUCUUUAAAAUCGAUCAGAUUGAUAUGCUGCCAAAGUACUGACCCUACGAAAUGCGACCAACCGGUUCCUUGCGCCAUCUCCUUGACCGGAAAAGAUGCACAGGGGAAAAAAUUAUUUGAAAGAUCGUUCACAGUCACUCCAGACAUUACCGGCCGUGGUAUAGCUGGAAUAGGUGAUAUGUUUAAGGAAGCUAUUAUUGUUACGGGAAGAUUGGUUGGGGAAGGGAAUCCCUUGGAAAAGGCUACAACUAUUGUGAUCGGAGCAUUUCCUAUCGGUGGCCUUGGAAGACGACAGCUAUUCGGGAUUCCUAUAACGCUGCCCUUUCCCCUACCCACUAGAACCGAUCUGUCUCGUCUGACGAAAGCUCCCACUGGUCUUCCGAUGUUACCGCUCCCUACGGGAGUUUUACCAACCGAAGCCCCUAAGCUGCCAGGAGGGGGGAGUGCACCUGCCAGGGCAGCAGCUGCAGGCGCCCUCUCAGUCCCACGGCCCAACCCGACGUUUUCAGUGCCAAUACCUCCGAUGCCCUGGCCUUUCGAUCGAGCCAAGACAGAGGAUAUUUUGAAACCUAAGUUACAGAAUAACGCUGUCGGAGCCAAUGAAUUGGUGUUUACUACGCGGAUCUACGAAUUAGCUUUCAACUAG